UUUUCGAGGAACUUUCCAAAACGCUCGGUGAGAGGCGGAGGAGCGGUAGCUGUCCGAGCUGCGCACAGCUCUGCGCUCCUUCCCUGUCCUUCACACACCGACCUCAGCCCGCUCACCGGCAGUAGAAGAUGGUGAAAGAAACCACUUACUACGAUGUUUUGGGAGUCAAACCCAAUGCUACUCAGGAAGAAUUGAAAAAGGCUUAUAGGAAACUGGCCUUGAAGUACCACCCUGAUAAGAAUCCAAAUGAAGGAGAGAAGUUUAAACAGAUUUCUCAAGCUUACAAAGUUCUCUCUGAUGCAAAGAAAAGGGAAUCAUAUGACAAAGGAGGAGAACAGGCAAUUAAAGAGGGUGGAGCAGGAGGCGGUUUUGGCUCACCCGUGGACAUCUUUGGUAUGUUUUUUGGAGGAGGAGGAAGGAUGCAGAGAGGAAGGAGAGGUAAAAAUGCUGUACAUCAGCUCUCAGUAACCCUAGAAGACUUAUAUAAUGGUGCAACAAGAAAACUGGCUCUGCAGAAGAAUGUGAUUUGUGACAAAUGCGAAGGUAGAGGAGGUAAGUAAGGAGCAGUAGAGUGCUGUCCCAAUUGCCGAGGUACUGGAAUGCAAAUAAGAAUUCAUCAGAUAGGACCUGGAAUGGUUCAGCAAAGUCAGUCUGUGUGCAUGGAGUGCCAGGGCCAUGGGGAGCGGAUCAGUCCUAAAGAUAGAUGUAAAAGCUGCAAUGGAAGGAAGAUCGUUCGAGAGAAGAAGAUUCUAGAAGUUCAUAUUGACAAAGGCAUGAAAGAUGGCCAGAAGAUAACAUUCCAUGGUGAAGGAGACCAAGAACCAGGACUGGAGCCAGGAGAUAUAAUCAUCGAGUUGAAGGAGCAUGCUGUUUUUACUCGACGAGGAGAGGACCUUUUCAUGUGUAUGGACGUACAGCUCGUUGAAGCACUGUGUGGCUUCCAAAAGCCGCUAUCUACUCUUGACAACCGAACCAUAGUCAUCACCUCUCAUCCAGGUCAGAUUGUCAAGCAUGGAGAUAUCAAGUGUGUACUAAAUGAAGGCAUGCCAAUUUAUCAUAGACCAUUUGAAAAGGGUCGCCUAAUCAUCGAAUUUAAGGUAAACUUUCCUGAGAAUGGCUUUCUCUCUCCUGAUAAACUGUCUUUGCUGGAAAAACUCCUACCGGAGAGGAAGGAAGUGGAAGAGACUGAUGAGAUGGAUCAAGUAGAACUGGUGGACUUUGAUCCAAAUCAGGAAAGACGGCGCCAUUACAAUGGAGAAGCAUAUGAGGAUGAUGAACAUCAUCCCAGAGAUGGUGUUCAGUGUCAGACCUCUUAAUGGGCCAGUGAAUAACACUCACUGCUGGCAUUUUAUGUGCAGUAGUGAAUGAGUAAGCACUGUAAUCAUAAUAUGCACAGUACUUCCUCUUGUUUUUGUUUUAAUCAACUAUAGUAUUGUUUUAAAAAGUUAAAUGAAGAAUAAAGGCAAAUAUAAAAGCUCUGACUUUGCCCUGCAUGUAUGAUGACUUCAGUGUGCAAAAUGAAGUUUAAUACCUGUAAAAACUACUUUACAAAGAAGUUCCCCUAGCAUUGCUAGACCAAACCUUGUAAUUGACUUCAGCUAUGUAUGUGGACAACAUUAGACUGAAAUGCUAGGUGUAUGUAUUGGCUUCAGUGUAUGACCCUUCAUUGUUAAGCUAUGAAAGUAAAACUGUAUUUAACUGGCAAUAAGAAAAAAAAAAACUGUAGAGAAGUGUUGGUCUGUGUAGUUCUUGUAUUAAGUGGGAUUCAUCGUAAUGCCUCUGCAUUUAUUCUAUUGCCUCAACUGUUACUUGAAGAUGGCAUAAUAUAUAAUUUAUCCUGUGGUAUCAGUGAUAAAAAUGAUACCUUUCUGUAGGAGGGGUUUAUCAUAAUAUGCUGCUUCUUGAAGACUUGCACUUCCAAAAUUGUUUCCUUCUGCUGUGCCAUCCAUAUA